AUGCAGGAAAAUAGUUUCAUUCUCGACUGGUGCAAAUGGAUUCCGGCGAAAGUUAAUAUUCAUGUGUGGAGGAUGGAAAUGGAUAGAGUUCCCACGGCGAAGGCUUUAAAGAAAAGGAACGUCGAUGUGAGUGAUACUUCGUGCCCUCUUUGUCACUCGGAAGAUGAAUCUGCGGAUCACAUUUUUGGUGCUUGCUUUGUUGCUUCAACGGUUUGGAAUGCCAUUAGUUCGUGGUGUAAAAUUCCUAACAUCAUUGUUUUUUCCCUGAAAGAUCUCCUAACUACUAAUUUACACCUCAAAGAUUCGGAUAAGAAGAAGGCAGCGGUACAUGGUAUUAUUUUUAUUGCUUGUUGGAGUUUAUGGCGUGCCAGGAAUAAUAUUAGAUUUUUGAAUUCUCCGGUUAGAAUUGAAGGUAUAGUUAGCGAGAUUAAGGCUUUGGGUUUUCUAUGA